AAAUAUUUUAUUCUCAUAUUGCUCCAAUGGCUACCAACUCAUCAGACAAUGAAGUGAUUGUGGCCAUGGUGCCAUUUUCUGACUAUAGCCAUCUCAAUAACCUCUUUGAUCUUGCUCGCUUCAUCGCGUCUCAUAAUAUACCGGUACACCUCAUCUGCUUUGCUGAUCAGAACAAAGAGUUGAAACUACGUGUCCAAGGUGGUCUCGGGGCCUCAAACAUCCACUUCGAAGACCUCUUGAGACCUUCUCUGACAGAAAAAGAUGAUGAUGGCCGUGAUGGUGUACCUCCUGUUAUGUUGCUUCUGAGAAAACUCACGGAGCCUAUUCAUAAAAUAUGCCGUGAACUUUCCACCAAUGCAAAGAAAUUAGUCAUAAUUCAUGACCUUAUGAUGAGCGACCAAAUACAGGAUGUCCAUACAUUGAUCUCAAAUGUGGAGUCUUAUAUCUUCCACACCGGGGCAACCUUUAGCAGAUAUUCUUCCUUUCGACAAAGUAUUCCUGACGUAGUUGAUGAUGAUGAUCAUGAGAAUCUGAUCGAGCAAAUGCAGAAUGAGUUUCCGGUGUUGGAGCCACAUCAGAAAUUGUGGUUUAGACUGGAGCAUGAGUUGAAGCUCCAGUCCGGAGAAAUCAUUAACUCGUGUAAAGAAAUGGAAGGUAAGUACCUAGAUUUACUUGCCAAGGCAAAACACAAGCCGUUAUGGAUUUUUGGUCCAUUUCAUUUGAUGCUAGAAUCACACGACUCUAUCUCUCUUUCGUCUAGCAACAUGACUCGUCAUGAAAGCCUGGAAUUUCUCGACAAGCAAGAUGUUAACUCGGUAAUAUUCAUCUCAUUUGGAUCGACCACUACAUUAUCACAAGAGCAAAUCAAUGAGCUCGCUCUGGGUUUAGAACAAAGCAACCAUAGAUUUAUUUGGGUACUAAGAAAAGGAGAAAAAGCGGAGAAACUUAAAGAGGAAGACGGAAAGAUUGAAUUACCGGAAGGGUUUGAAGAGAGAGUGGAAGGAAGAGGAAUGGUUGUAAAGUGGGCACCACAGCUGGAAAUCUUGAGGCAUCCAUCUACGGGUGGCUUUAUGGGUCACUGUGGGUGGAAUUCUUGUAUCGAGAGCAUUAGUAUGGGAGUGCCUCUAGCAACUUGGCCAAUCAGUUACGAUCAGCCAUAUAACGCUGUACUUUUAACCAAUUUGCUCAAGAUUGGGGUAUCUGUCAAGAGUUGGGCUCACCGGAAUGAAUUGGUAACAGCAUCAACCAUUGAGCAAGCUGUGAAGACAUUGAUGGGCACGACGGAAGGGGAAGAGAUGAGGCAAAGGGCAGCGGAAAUGAGCAAAAAGAUCAAGAGCUCUGUUAGCGAUGGAGGACCUGCACGCAAGGCAAUGGAAUCUUUCAUUUCAAAUAUUAUCAAAUAACUUCCAGGAUUGUAUCUUUCAAGAUAUUGCUUCUAGAAUAUUCCUAACUACUUCUAACAA